AAAGAUACGGAGGGGCAGUAGAGUAAAUUGCCAUUAGAUUUAGGGGGCGGAGAAAUUUGUGAGAGAAUUUUACAGAAGAUCGAAGAGAGCAGAGGAAAACCUAAAAGGCUAAGACGACGAUGAAGUAUUUGCGUCUUAAAGCUAUUAUAGGGAAGAUGAUAUAGUUAUUUCUUGAAUCAUCGGGAUGAUUGACGAACCAUCACAAUGUUUGAUCAAACAUUGUGAUGUUUCAUCAAGCAUUGUGAUGUUUCAUCAAUCAACACAUUCGCGUCUAUAAAUAGCAAUAUUGCAUCAUUUGUUUUAUAUUAGCCUAUUCGGUAUCUUUCUGUUUACCGUCGGAUUUUUUUUUCCAUCGUUUAGCUGCCUAUUAGAGAUCUUUCUGUUUCUCUUCAGAAGUUUUCAAUUGCAGAAUCUUGAAGAAUCUAAGAUGGACAAAAUCGAAAUUAUGACAUCAUAUAUACAAGGUUUAAGCACCGUCCAAAAGCUUCAGAAACUUCAGCAGAGUGACUUAAACGAGAAUGAAAGAGUUGCCGUAGAAGGGAUAUUGGACAAUGCCGUUACACAACUAAAAAUGGUUCAGUCUCAUAUGAAGAAGACACUUGCAGAAAGCACGAGUGCUCCCUCACUGAAUUUUGGAGCAAAGCAACAAGAUGGAAAGAUGGAGGAUAUAGUAUGUCGUAAGUGUGGGAAAUUUAAAAAGUUGAAGACAGUAGGAGCGGUGGUGAUAACCGAACUCGAUGUCAUUAGAAGGCUUAAAGCUGGGUGUAAUGCAGGAGGUAAUCAAGUUUUAUCCCAGGACAGGGAUGAAAUACUGAGUCGAGCCGUUUGGAGGAAGUUUCAGACUCAUCAGAGAACAACUAGUCCACCUUUGCUGGUUCCAAAGGUUGGAUUUGGUGGUUCUGAAGAAAUGAUCUCUUGUCCACGAAGAGAGCAGAAGUAUCGGCCAACUGACGGUGUAAUGCAGCCAACAUUGAUGAAAUUUGGGCCGAGCGGAGUGGAGGCUUAUCCCGAUCAGGAUAGGACUGCAAACAGCCGCAGUCAUCGAAACAUAGAAUCUACUGGAUAUUCGGCCACAUCUGAAGCCUCCUUCUCAUCUGCAGACUACAGCGAGUCGUAUUCUAGUAGCGAAGAGUCAGACUCCCCUCCGCAACAUGCAAUGCAUUUAGACCGUCGUCGCAGAGAUAGAUCCAUAUCUCGGAGUAGAUCUCCUCAAUCCCGCUAUUCAGGUAGCAGCAGAAGUUAUACAUCAUAUGAUGCAUAUGAUAGUUACCCGGAGGAGGAAUACCCAGUUGCAUAUAACUAUGAUUCAUAUGAUAGUUCCCCGGAGGAGUACCCAGUUGCACGUGGCAACAGGAGUUAUACAUCAUAUGAUUCAUAUAACAGUUCCCCGGAGGAGGAAUACCCAGUAGCAAGGAGGAGUCGAUUUCCCAAGAAUGAUCCGCCACAGAAGAAGAUGGGACAUGUCAGAAGAUUAACCACCAAGCUUGGAGGCAUGUUGCGUCGUGAUCACCAUGGGGAUUCAUCCAAGGACGAUAAGAGUGCACGGGAUUAUCAUCCUUCUGUUCAGAAACCUGUAGGUAAUGGUAAGCUCCACCACGAAAUCAAAGGGAAACACAUGCCUAUUCAAACGAGAAAAACAGCAAAAGUUGAGGAAAAGGCAAGCCACCAACAAGGUUUCCUAACACUUGCAAAAAGAGUACGCGGUCACGUUUUUGGUUCGAAGAAAUCGAAGCCGUCGUCAUCUGGCGUCAGACGGUUAGAAAGAGCAGUAACAGGUAAGGAAAAAGUUACUGCUAAAAAACGGCAUUGGUGGCACAAAUUGCGAAGGCAGGGAUUACCCAAUAAAAGGGGCCAGGCACCCCUUAAACUGGGGUUUGAGAAUAAGCAUACCCAGCUAAAGGGCCAACAUAGACAUAGGAAAUAACACUGAGAAUGUUUUGUAAGUAAAUGUCUGCACCAAGUUCUACCAGUCAGUUGAUCUUUGGUUGUUGGAUGAUUUUUGCAAUCUGUGGGUAUGAAUUCCAUAGAUAGUGGUUGUCUGAUUACUAUGUACUUUGUCAUGUCAUUCAAAGUCUUCCUAAAAUGCAGAGAUUUGUUGGCUUCAAAAGAGUCGAGUAAUAGGUUAUUCUGCUGUUUGAUUAAAGAUUAUUUGGGUGGUUCAUGCAAUUGCUUGUGACCACACCUCCUUGUCGAAUUUUCAUAUUCUGCGUUGUUCCUGUUGGAAUUUGUAUCAUUUGUUCAUGACUUG